AGCAGUCAGCGCUUGCGCCGGUUGCACAAUCCAGGCAAGGUCGUAGCUAGCUAGCAUUGCAAGGAGCCUCUCUCGCUAAAAAGAUGAUGUCCCUUGCCGCUCGUUCGGGGGCAUUUUCCCCAUACUUGCAGGCUACGAACUAUGCAGUUGCUGGACCCCUCAAAUCCCUUAUUCCAGGGGUGGUUGUAAAAGGAGAAAAAGUGUUGGUAGACACGAAGAAACCUUUCCUGACCCGCGAGUCCCUGAACGGUCAGAGUCCCAAGACUGGGCCUGCAGUAUCAGUUAGCAUAAAUGCAAAAGCUACAGUCCGCUUCGCUCACACUGACAUCAAGGUGCCAGAUUUCUCUGAUUACCGUCGGCCUGAGUUGCUUGACCCCAAGAAAUCUUCUCAGGAGAGCAGCGAGUCCAGAAAAACCUUCUCCUACCUUGUCACCGGGGCAACAGCCGUGGUGGGUGUCUACACAGCCAAGACCGUGGCCACACAGUUUAUCUCUUCCAUGAGUGCCUCAGCUGAUGUCCUGGCUAUGUCCAAGAUCGAGGUCAAGCUGGGAGAGAUCCCAGAGGGCAAGAAUAUGACCUUCAAGUGGAGGGGCAAGCCUCUGUUCAUCCGCCACCGGUCUGAGAAAGAGAUUGCUGCAGAGGAAGCUGUGGAUAUGGCUGAGCUUCGUGACCCCCAGCACGACAAGGACCGCGUCGCCAACCCAAAAUGGAUCAUUGUCAUUGGCGUGUGCACCCACCUGGGCUGUGUACCCAUCGCCAAUGCUGGUGACUAUGGUGGAUACUACUGCCCUUGCCAUGGCUCUCACUACGAUGCCUCUGGCCGUAUCAGGAAAGGCCCAGCCCCACUCAACCUGGAGGUGCCCUACUAUGAGUUCCCAGAUGAGGACACAGUAAUUGUAGGCUAAAUUGUUGGACUGAGAUCACAGAUCAGUAUGUUUCUGUCUGGCUCAUUAUUCCAUCCAUUAGCAGGCACAACCUCUGUUUCAGGGUGGUAUAAAUUAUUGUAAGUAAUAAAUGUACAUUUAAUCUGAUUGAAAACCUCUCAUGUUAUUUAUUUACCCAAUCUCAGCUAAAUCUAAUACUGUACCAAAAUACGACCUGGGUUGUAAAUGAGUAAUGGGGUUUCUUUCGCCUUUCUUAACAAUGAAUAGCCUACUAAUAGUACUGAUGUUUUAAUAGUGCAGGUAUAAGGGCAUUUACCAAGAUUUUGCUGCUCAAUCAAAAACACACCUGCUUACAGACAGUUAUCUACAAUGUGUCUGAAGGUGAUUCUCAAGGGUUAAUGUCACGAAUUAUGGCUUUAUGUUCAGUUUCAGAGAGGUACAGAAAAGUUUUUGUCCCUGAUUUUGUUGGGACGAUUUAGAGUGCUAGGUUCAGUUGUUUUAAUGGCAAUAUUGCAGAAGGUUGUAUAUUUUCUUCCUAUCAAUAUCACUGUUUUGCUUUGGUGGUGGUCACAUAGAUGAAUAUUACACAUUCUAUAGAAGAAAGAAAAGGGGUCAGUGGGGGCUGACAAAGGCAUUGAGUGUUUAAAUCGAUGCUAAUGCAACAAAACAGCCAGAUUUAAUUGGUCUAUUAAUGAGCUAUCCAGCUGCGUACAGAGUUGUGUAAAAAUGUAUACUCAUGUUAAGCUAAUAAAUGUUUCACAGAAAAUCA